ACAUUAGUAAACAGGAAUCUUUGGCUUAUAUUUGAUUAAAAUAUUUAUUAAGUUUAGCGCUGACGCUAUAGACGGCGCCAACAUGACUACGCUGUCUCGUGCAAGCAUUGAAAAGGCGUUUAAAAGCGACGAGAAGAUCCUAGCUGCAGCCACUAAAAUUUCACAAGAGCUCACGAAUGGUGACUACCACUUUGAGGCGUUGGCUGAUGAGCUGGGCUUUGCCAUGACCUCUGCGGAUCUUAAUCAGCGCAUAGCGGGCACCAAGUUCUUAUCAGCUGUGCUGAAUGCACUCCCCAAGGAUUAUUUAAAUGCCAAAGAAUUGAAAUACAUGACUACCUACUAUGUGAAUGGACUACGUGAUCAUCAUGGAGUCAUAUCCGCGCUUAUUGAUGGUCUACAUGCGCUAGUUUCGAUGCAGAGCCUGCCUGCUGAAAAUGUGCCGGAGCUACUACGCGCCUUCUUCCAAUACACCAACAGUCAGUCGCAGACGCGCACAGAUCGCACCAAGCUGUUCAACAUAUUCCAGUAUCUCAUACAGCAUUUUCCAACAGAGCUGACGGAAAUGUCUGACUUUUUGAGCGGGCUUGUCGAGUCCAUUGAUGGCGAGCGUGAUCCACGCAAUUUGGAUAUUAUAUUCAGCUUUAUGCCACAAUUUAUGGCUGACUUUCCGCUGCAGCAUUUAGCUGAGGAAUUGUUUGAAAUCUUUGCCUGCUAUUUUCCCGUUGACUUCAAUCCCAGCAAACAGGACCCAGAGGCUGUGACGCGUGAUGUGCUGUCCGAAAAGUUAUCCAAUUGUCUGGUGGCCAACGAACAGUUUGCUGCAUGGACAGUGGCAUUAGCUUUGGAAAAGCUGGAUAGCGAGCUGCUGGUGGCCAAACUGGAUUCCAUUGAGCUUCUGCGCAAAGCAGCAUUAAGAUUUGCGCCCACUGCACUGGAGCCGCACUUUACGGAAAUCUGGCAGGCGCUGAAAAUGGAAACCUUUCCCGGCUCGGACAAUGCCGAAGUGCAGCGUGCGGCGCUCAAAGCGCUGGCAGAGUUGCUUAAGGCCGCCGCCAAGGAGUCAACAAUAAGCCACAAUUACCAAGCUGCCAUCUUGGGCGUGGUGCUGCCGCAUCUCAGCGAUGUGCAUCAACGUUUGUAUGAGCCUGCUGCCAAAAUUGCGCUCAUGUGCGUAUCCGGCGAUGCUGCAUACGCGGGCGAUAAGAUACUUCAUACCAUACUCUUAAAGUUGCAAGAAAGCAAGCAGCAAUUGCCGCAGGAUGAGCAGCGCCUGCAGUUUUAUCGUUUGAUCACCGAAGUGUAUCGCAUGGCAGACAUGAGACAAGCGCUGCAGCAGCUGGAUCGCGCCAUAGCGUUGCCGCUCCAGGAUGACGUCAUUGCAGUGCUGCGUAUAUGCGAGAGCGAAAGUUUGGAGGGCAGCGAGCAGCAGCUGGAGCUGCCUACAGCGGCUGUUAAAGUGCUGAGCGAGUGUGCGCCUGUGCUAAGCGAGCCGCAGCGCGCCUUGAUCUACAAGGCGUUGGUGCAUAUCAUAAGUCAUCCGCGCAUUGAUUUGGAAUUCAAAACGUUGACUGUUAGCCUGGGCGCACUGCAGCCCGUGGAGCUGCAAUCCAAUGUACUAGACGUCUGUCUCAGCAGCUUUGCUGUGUAUUCUCAGUUUAUAAAGCGUAAAGUGUAUGCAAAUUUGUUGCCACUUCUGCCGCUAAUCGCUUUUACUCAACGCAUAUUGGAUUUGAUACUCAAGCAAUUAUUUACACCCACCACAGUGGAGCCGUCACGACGUCUGGCUUUGGAAGCUUUUAUUGCUCUGUUGCAGCAGCAAGAUCAGCGAUUUAUUGUCGAGCUGCAGCAGGAGUGUAAUCUUAUAGAUAAGCUUAUAAAGCUGGCGCAAAAUGAUACGGAAAUGCCCAUGGAAAAUCUGGAGCUGGUGGCUGCCUCCCUGAGUCGCCUCAUGCAACAACUGCCAGUGUCGGAGCAAAGCGCCAUUGUCAGCGAAUAUUUGCCAGAGCUGCAGCUGGAGCUGGCAUCGCAUCUGUUUGUGGCGAAAGGACUACUGGGCUUUCUGCACAAGGACAUCUCGCUGGAUGAUCAUUUCGAGCGUCUGCUCAAUGAUCUAACUGAGCUCACUUUGACUUCCAAGGACCCAAAACUACGCACUAUAGCCAAUCAUUUGCUCUGCAGCAUGGUUAAUAAAAUGGAGCACACACCAGCCAAUCAAAGCCAUUUGAAACGCACUUUAAGUCGGCUUAUGGCGGAGGUCAAAAAGGGCGAUGCUUGCGCUGUCGAAGUGCUGGGCUGGAUUGCCAAAGGAUUGGUUAUUGCGGGUUUCGCUGAAGCCAGCGAUAUUGUUGGAGAUCUCGGCGAUCUCCUUAAGCAUCCCACCUUGUGCCAUGCUGCGGCUUUGGCUUUUGAUGUAAUUGCUGUCGAGAAUCCAGAAUUGGAUCUGCCCGUUGUCAAGUUUCUGUAUAAGCAGAAACUCUUCCAAACUAUUCUGAGCAAACUGGACGCCAAGUUGUUGAGCAUUUGUCUGCAUCAUAUGAAUGCCUUAAUCUAUGUACUAAAGGCAACGCCACAUUCGGUGCUUAAACUUAAUAUUGAGAAGAUUGGACCAUUGCUGUUUAAAGUGCUGGAGUCGCACAACUCUGUGAAAACACUUUGCAUAGCCUUGGGUAUUUGCGAAAACUUUAUCAAGCAUCAGGAUGCGUAUUUCCAGGCACACUUGACGCAUUUUAUACCCAGCUGCCUGGAGCUCUCUAUAAAGAAGCAGGAUCAGAAUAUGCCAGUGCGCAUUGCUGCACUGCAGCUGCUUUAUGAUAUAACCAAGUAUCCUACGUUUGUGCUGCUGCCACAUAAGGUGGAUGUAACGUUGGCGCUAGCUCCGACCUUAGACGACCCUAAGCGUCUGGUGAGGAAUAUGGCAGUACAGGCACGCAACGCUUGGUUCCUGGUAGGUGAGCCUGGAGGUGAUUAGCGAGUCCUCAUCAAGUUCGUUGUUACUGUUAACUCAGUUAACGCACAAAUUGCAAGCAUUUGUCAUUUAUUAUGUUUUCCUCUGAAAUACAAAUAUAUUUCUUUUAUAAAUGAG